AUGCGGUCUGACACAGUCGAGGCUGCCAGUCUUCUCCUAAAUGCCCGCGCGGACGCGAACGCAAAGCUUGACCGCAGUGCUUUCUUUCGAGCUGCAGAGAUGGCAUGCAGGCUGAAGUCCAGGCUAUCUACAGAUACGCCUGUGAUGGUGCGCUACAUGGCGGAAUGUAGCAGCUCCGCCUUAGGACAUGCCAUUUUUCAUGGGAGCGAGCACCUCGUAUCCUUCUUGCUGGCUGCACGAGGGGAUCCGGAGCUGCCGAACAACCGGGGCCAUACGCCUUUGCAGCUCACAAGACACCACGGCAUCUUCCAGAUUCUGCACAGAUACGUCAAAAAUCCCAAAUGGGAGCGGUCUGACGUCUUGACUUCUUUUGGCUCAUACGACGGAACAGAUGUGCAGUCCUCUGAUGAGGAUUGCUUUUUCAUUUGA